AUGCCGCAGACACUAAGUGCUCAGACGGAAAUGAUCGAGGAAUGUCGUCAACGUUACAAAGACGAUCCGAUUGAACUGAGGAAAAUUGAUGAUUUUGCUCACAAAUAUUAUCAGGAGAUACCAAGAAAUGCAGUUCGGUGGUAUACGAAAGAUUCAUUUCUAUAUCGGCUACUGAACGAAGCCUGUAGAACAGGAGAUAUUGAUCAAAUCUAUAUAUUUCGAAAUUUCAUCUCAGAUUUUUUGCAGCAACUGCAAGAACUGCAUUCAGAAUUCAUUGAUGCACUCUGUGGUAUCACAAUAAAAGUUCAUCGAGGUCAAGCAAUAUCCUCGAAUGAGCUGGAACAUCUUCGACAAAAGGUUGGUAAACUGUAUUCAACAAAUACCUUUUUAUUAGCGACAGACGGAAUUGAGGCAGCAUUAGCGUUCUCUGGUAUCGAUAGUCAGCAUCCUCAAUUUGAAUCGGUUCUCUUUGAAUAUACAAUUGAUACGACUGUCAAAACAAAAAGACCAUAUGCUGAUAUUAGCCAUAUAAGUUCAAAUAAAGGUGAAAAGGAAUUACUGUUUUCCAUGGGAACGAUCUUUCAAAUUGACUCGAUCACACAAGUGCCAAUGGAUAAGGAAACCUGUAAGAAUAUGUACUGGUGUGUCAAAUUGAGACUUGUAAAUGAAAAUGAUGACGUGCAUUUGGCAUCAAAAAUGGGAACAUUUCUUCAGAAAAUUCAGCAUACACCCCUACUAUUAACACUAGGCGAAAUAGCACUAAUAAGAUCUGGCGUCACUAAUGAUUUUUCCAAAGCAGAACGAUAUUACAGAUUGUAUCUUGACGAAGUAAUGGCAGCUAAUGACAAAACAGACGCUAAGGAUCUUGUCAGGGCGCACACAAGUCUCGCAAAAGUCUGUGAAGCAAAAGGUGACUAUGCUGCCGCUAUUGAAUAUUAUGAAACUGUUAUUAACAUUUGUUUGAAAAUGUCCUUCUCGUCGUCGAACAGGGAAGAAGAUUACAGAAUAACAAAGAUCAAAUGGGCGUAUAACCGAAUUGCUUCAGUUUAUCAGUAUAAAACAAUUGACUAUGAAAAUGUUAUUGAAACUUACAGGCAACUACUUCAAUUUCUACAAGAACAACAAUAUUUUUGUUCAAUCUGCAUUGCUAAUACAAUGAACACAAUUGAUGGUGCUCAUAAAAAACUGACCUACAACUGGUCAGCGGCGCUUGAAUUCUAUCGGAAAGCGUAUGCACUGCUAAUCGACAAUGAAAACUGCGAUCGAAGUCGUCUGGAUGAUGCUGAAGAAAAAAUACGACAUGAUCAGAGUCGAUAUCCUGAUAUUCUAUUUUUUUUAUUUAUUUUCAUUUGGAGUCAUCAAAGAAGAGGACGAGGAGGAGUACCGUUGUUGGCUAUUGAAACAUAUUGUGGACGUCGUCGUUUACUGAGAAUUGAAUUAUGUAUUGCUGGCCAUUCAAUCUUCAUUUCGCUUUCACUAAAUGAAUAUUUUCGUCGAAUAGCUUCUAAAAAUAAAAUAGAACAGAAACUCACAGGUGAUUCGGCUUGCACACACUCUUCGGUUAUGCUCGAUGCAGGAGAAGACAACAAUUCACAUCACAUCAAGAAGUUAGCUUACCC